AUGUCACGUUUAUUCCCUGAACAUUUCUUUGAGAAGACGAAACGAAAUUCCAAUCUGCAGUUAGAGGCUGUGAGAAAUCCAUCCUUGCCAUCGUCACAUUCUUCCAAACCAAGUAUUUCAUCACACUAUAUUUCAAUUCCAAAACAAACAGAAAAUUCUGUUAUUCCUUUUAACAUUCAUGGACAGGGAUGUGUGAUUCUUGAUCCGGGAACAGAAAAUAUCAAGACAGGGCUAGCAGGUAAUGAUUUACCGCAAUUUAUUAUUCCAACAAUUAUUGCAAAACAUUCAAAAUAUUCUCAACAUAAUGCCUAUGGAUCGGAUGCUUUGAAAUUACAGAAUGAAAUUUCACACAAUCAUCAUCAUCCUGUUGGAAAUUACAAGUCUAAUAGCAAAUCCUCUCGUCAUCAUGAUUUUUCACUGUGUACUCCAAUGGGUUAUCAAAGUCAAGCAUCCACGACUGGUUCUUCAAAUUACACCUAUUUAAAUCCAGUAGAGAGAGGAGUAAUUAUAUCACUCGAUGAAAUGGAAAAUAUGUAUUCGUAUAUUUUCAAAAAUUUACUUAGAGUUAAGAGUCAAGAGAAUGGUAUUUUGUUCAAUGAGAAUAUUUCCCUGUAUCAUUUAUUGGAAUCGAGUCGAGAAGUUGAGAAAUAUAGAGAACGAAUGACUGAAUUGUUUUUUGAAAAAUUUCAAAUUCCAUUUCUUUAUGUGGCAAUACCUCAAGUCAUGAGUUUGUAUUCAGUUGGAAAAACAACUGGAUUUUGUGUGGAUUUUGGUCAUGCAACGACUAGUGGAUUGGCUGUUAUUGAUGGUGUGGCAAAUUUUGUACAUGAGGAUUCUCAAAAACCAACACACUUUUAUUUACCUUUUGGAGGUGGAGAAGUUACAGAACAUUUAAUCAAACUCUUACAAGAAAAUUCACAAAAUCAAUCCAUCAAAAUUAGUACAAGUGUCGAACGAGAAUGUGUGAAUGAUGUCAAGAAACUUUUAUGUUAUAUUGCAAUAGAUUAUUCAAAGGAAUUUUCAAAAUUUGAGAAAAACGAAUCAGAGAGCACCACGACCUUUCAGUUACCAGAUGGAAAAAUUCUUCACAUUGGAAGAGAGAAAUUCGUCUCGUGUGAAAUUUAUUUCCAACCCAGUUUGGUGACUCUCUCGAAUCUGAGUCAUUCUCCUGUUAAGAGAGGACGUUCUGCAUCGAUUAAGAAACUUGCUCUUAAUACAACACAUCCAUCGAACAACUCUUCUUUAGCAAGUAAUUGGAAAGGUGUUCACGAAUUGAUACACGAUUCCAUUUCUCAAUUCAAUUCUGACACCAAUAUUCAAGAACAAUUAAUUGGAAACAUUGUACUGAGUGGAAGUUCAAGUUUAUUCAAUGGAAUCGAAGGAAGAAUGUUGCGAGAUCUCAAACGACAAUUAGCUCUCCACAAGAACAUUCAAUUAUCUCAAACCAAAGUCAAAGUUUCAUCAUGUUCCAAUCAUGAUUCACAUCACCACGAAUCCAAGACCAAUCCCAUUUCCAAAGAUCAACACCAAUCUCUACGAGCUGAAUGCAGUUCCUUCAUUGGAUCCUCCAUUUUGGCUUCAUUUCAAGACUUUGUUCAUUUUGAUCGAGCGGAUGCUGGCGAGAGUAGUUUUGCCUCAAGUUUUGCCAUGACAAGACAUGUCUUUCAAGAGGAAGGAGCAUCAGCCAUUCACAAAUACUACAACGCAUGUUAA